AUGGCUGCGAGCUCUGCACCCAUUAGGCUUCGCUCGCAAAAAGGGCUCCUCACCCGCUAUUGUAACAAUUUGGAUGAAAUAAUUGCUAGGUGCGAGGGGGAAAACACCUUGAAGAUGCUUUCUUCAAGUUCCAGUAGUGACGAUUUUGAGCGCAUAGCAUCAGUUGUGUAUGAGCUUAAAGCUAGAACACAAUUACUUAGCAACCAUCUAGCGACAUUUGCGAGUACAAUCGACUCGCUAGAAAAUUCACAUAUCGCUAUUGAUGGCGCUGAUCGAUUGGCUAUCGAACUUGAAGCGAAACACAUGAGUGUACGGGAGAAAUUUAAUUACAGGGAGUACCUGGUGAAGCGUUAUCCAGUCAUAGAGGAAAACUAUGUGCUGGCUAUUGACUUUAUGAAGAAAAAAGUACGCAACAAAACGGAGCUUGUGAGAGUGCUGCAAAAACGCUUAGAUAAUGCGAGGUCAGAAAAACCUUCGACGCAAGCGCAAAAAAAGCUGCCGGAAUACAUAAUUCCACUGAUGAUGCAGCUACACAAAGUGGAAGUGAACCUAGAUGGUUCAUGCAAUGCUCAAAAAUUACUACCCAAGUUUGCAUCGAGAAUUCAACGCAAGGUCCUUGAGGACUUCGUGACGCUAGACAUGCCGGAAAAUGCAUGGAUGGUGCAAAGCAUUGUUGAUGCCUUAGACGCUCACAUAGCGACGGAAGAGCGCGUCAGCAGCAUGAACUGCAUGUUCUGUGGGUCGCCGGAACAUAGAACCGCAAGUUGUUCACGUUACUGCACUAUCACAGAAAGGCGGAAUUUUUGA